ACACCAUUUCUAAAAAUGUCGAAAUAUAAAAAAAUGAAUAUAAAUCGCUAUAUAAAGAACCUGACAUUUUCAUAAUGUGCAUCAAUACUUUUGAAAAAAGGGAAUCAGUUUCUAAAGAUUAAAUAAAUACGCGUGCCAGUGUGAUAUAAACAAUAACAAUCGGAACCUUCCAAUUACAAAUAUAGUGAAUCGAGUGACACGGUUCGAGUCAUUAAUGAAAGACGCGUAACAACGAUGCGCAACGUAGCUAUUAAUAACCAUAACCGAUCAGCCGCGGUCCAAUUAUUACCGGGUGGUGCUGAUUGGCCGUCCUCAAUGUGGCAACCGUAAGAAAAAGCUACAAAAGAUACCACCGCGCUAGAUCGGCCCAAUUUUUCACGAUUCUUUCGUUGCAACUAUCGUCUCCGAUCAUCCGACUAUGACAAAUCCGUGAGUAGAUCGAACAGACAGCAAUAAACGAAAACCCCGGCCUCUAACACUCUCGACGACCCCAGAAAGAGCAUUAACACGAUUUCUAUUCAAGGUAGAAGUUGGAUGACAAAUUAACACACCCACACAGACACUCGAAAUAAAAGUCAAAGCAAAAGUCUCGAGGAAGACCAAGGUUGAAAGGAAAACUAAAUAAGAAAGGUCGACGGUGCCUCGAGUUAAAAUCUCGACGAAGUCACGCCAUAGAGGGAAUCUGAGAAUAUAGAAAGAGGCACGAAAGGGACUCUCUUCGUUAAAAGUCAAGAAAAGAUAGGAAAAUGGUGGGUUAUAUGCCACCGAUGCACGUGCCAUUGGAGCCAAAGUGGAAACACUGGCCCACCUACAUCUACGACGUGAACUACAACUACGGGAUCAACUUCUACCAGCCGAUGAUCGAUUACAUAGACAGGAAAGGGAGGACCUCGACGACCUCGAGGGACUAUCGGUACGAAAGGUGGACAGAGCCACCGGAACUGCCGUGGUCAGACGGAAGGGCUCUGUGGGAGGGCAGACCGGUGGAGCCGUACUCGAGGCGCGAGCUGAUCGAGCUAGCGACGAACGCGGAGGAUCAGGCCAGGGAACACCUGUCGCGCUUCAAGAUAGCGAAUCGCUCGGACUUCAGCUUGUCGAAGACAGCGCAGGCCAGCCACGUGACCAGAGAGCUGUUUCCGCCGCGAACCAGGGAGUUCAGGUUGCGUUCGUUACCGUUGCUGGUGGACAGUGCGAGGAUCAGAAGCCAGGCGAGGCAGAUACAGCGCGAAAUGGCCGCGAUCGAUCUACAAGCACUGAGGGACGUGCAGACGAUGGCCGAUGUGCAGAGCGCCCUCGAUCAUGGCAAAAGUCUGCGCGGAAAGUCGGCCAGAGCGAUCGAGUUCCAGCUGACCGCCGAGGCCAUGAAAAACCUGAACGUCAGCCAGCAGCUGGCGGACGUCAGGAAGUGUCAGAGGGAGAACGCUCUGUGGGACAUCAACGAUACGCGGCUCAGGCUGCUGGAGGACAGGACCAGGAACCUACUCGACGAGGAGAGGCUCGCGGCGCCGUUGGACAGCCUCAGCAGGGACCUCAAGGGAUACGAGCAGAAGUCCAGCAACUAUUUCCUGAACAAGAGGUAUCAAGACCCGACGAGACCGAGACGGUUGUACGGGUGCCUGGGAUAGGGGCCGAUUUUUCGAUAAUGCAACGUGAAUUCACGUAGAUAUCUGUUGUAGUUGUGGGUAAGAGCUAUGUGAAACGGAUGGAACCAAGAGAUAAAUAAACGAAAGACGUUUUAAAUCGACUCGUUUGAUUCGCUGGACCAGGUUUUUCACUCGGGAGAUCGUUUUCCAACUGUUUUUUUACGAUAUUUUUGGUUAGAGUAGCUUUCUAGGCUCGAUUGAGAGUGGAGUAAGUGUCGUCUGAUGGACGACGUUGCAAUGCAACCACCUUUUCUUUAUGGCAAUGUCUUUCGCAUGAAUUUCUUGCUAAUUAACAAAUCAAAGGAGAAACUAACACUGUCAGGGUUCGAAUUAUUAUCACUCGUCUGCUUUGAAUUUUAAAUAUAGUAUUCUUUCGCAAGGCAGAGUCUCUGAGUGACAGUAACGCGAACACCUUGCACAACCACCCUUCGAAACACCUUAGUUACUUGCCAGUCCCCCCAUUUUAUUAUUAAUAGCACAGGAAUCUUGAUAGUUCUUCCAUUUUCCAUACUCUCUCUCUAAUCGACGAUAAUCAUCACCCACCAAAGGCAAUAACAUCUGUCACAAAUCCCACCCGAAACUGACCAUGGAACUCUGUUCAUACGUAAUGAAAUA